UAGGGGGAAAUGGAAUAUGAAAUUUUGUUAGGGGAUAGUGGGAGGGGUGUGAGUGAUGGGGGAGUUCUGUGUUGAUGAUGAGGGGGAGAUAGUGUGUAGUGGAUGGUUACUAAUAUAUGAUUGUUGCUGAUUAGACCAGAAGAAGUGCGUUAUCUUUACUACUGCAUCAGGAACCUAAUUGUCCCCUUAUGACCCCCAAUUAUUGAAAACAUGAAAGACCUCCAAUCAGUUGUGGAAAUCUUGGGGAAUUCUGAGGCUCGCGUAAGGGCAUCUCUGAUAUCUUAUCUAAACGAUUCUUUAAAAAACCUCAGAAUUGGUGUGUGUUGGGAUGUGUAGUGCAAUGUUCUCGGCAGCCGGAUUCUAGGCAGCUGUGGGUUGUUUAUAGUGUGAUAGAAUAUGAAAUAGCUUUUAUUACUACCUCGGUCCUUCAGAUGGGCCUCAAAACAAUCUCCUGCUGCUGGAGGCAGACAUAAGUUAAGAUGAAACUAUGAGAAAGAGAUGGGAUAUCUUGUUCUGUAUUGAAGAUCAGGAUUUGAAAAUAGGGAGAAAAUACCUGAUAACCUUUGAAGUUGAAUGUCUACAUUUGUACCAUAGUCAUGGCCAAAGAAAGUAAUUUCAAAAGGAAGAAAACUCGGAGUCAGGAACUCUCAGAGGAUUUCGAUUUAAUUGUGAAUGAAAUUAAUGAUUUUAUUGCUAUUUUAGAGGAACAGGGACACAAGCCUAGUAUUUCAUUACCAUUGGAUACGGGACAUAUAGAACCUGAGAUAGACUCCGAGAGUUCGUCUUUGUCUGUGUCGCCUCGCAACACGGUUAUUCACAUCGAGGAUACUGAUCUCUUCCUUCAGCAACAGGAGAACGCGGAGCCCAUUUAUGAGUCGUUUGACGAGGUCCAAGAAUGUCCAUAUGAAUCUAUUCAAAAUGUGAGACCAAAACCGAAGGCCAUCGCCACAGCAAACCUCAUUCCACAGGCCUACAAACCAAUACCCAAGCCCAAGCCACUCAGCCUCAGGAAGAUGGGGGAGCCUGGUCACCCUCCGAAAAGGGUCAAGGCCAUUCACAACUUCAAGGGCAAAAAUAAUGAUGAGCUGUGUUUGACAAAGGGUGACAUAAUUACUAUGACUCAGACGAUGGAGGGCGGCUGGUGGGAGGGGACACUGAAUGGAAAAACUGGCUGGUUCCCCAGUAAUUAUGUCAAGGAACUCAAAUCUGAUAUUGUUACACAAGAUAUCCCAGGAAAGAGGCAGUCGGGGGCGGUUAAGGGAGACGUGCAGGUCUACAAACGAGAAAGCAUGCAGUAUUAUCAUAACGUGGUUUUACAGAAUGUCAUAGAAACCGAGAAAACACAUGUCCAGGAACUGACAACUGUGUUACAGACUUAUAUACAGCCAAUACACAACUCCUCCAUAUUGACUGCCACUGAAUAUUCACAGCUGAUCGGUAACCUGGAGGAGAUCUUAGCAUUCCAAAACACUUUCCUCUCAGCCAUUGAAGAGUGUAUGAAACAGACACCUCACCAUAGAAGAGUGGGAGGGGUGUUUCUGAAGUAUGCCCCCCGCAUGAAGGAACUCUAUAUGUCCUAUUCGGCCAAUCACCCUAAAGGCGCUGCCAUUCUACAAAACAAAAGAGAUGAUUUAAAUAAAUUUAUGGAAUCCAUUGGUGCUACUAAAGGAACGAUGACCUUAACUACAAAUCUGUAUAAACCCUUUACCCGGUUAGAUAAAUAUCCCAGCCUUCUGAAGGAGCUGGAGAGACAUAUCGAGGAAAGUCAUAUAGAUCGAGGGGACACCCAGCGAGCGAUAUCUGUGUACAGAGAAAUAGCAAAUGCGUGCAUGGAAAUCAGAAAAUGUAAGGAGAUGGAGUAUGAGAUACUGACGAGUUCCAUAAAGGGCUGGGCAGGGGAAGAGAUAGCCAAGUUAGGGGAAGUAAUCAGACUUUCCCAGGUCCAGAUGACGUCUCUAAGCGGAGACAAACACGACAGGAUAUUUGUGCUGUUCCCGAGUCUGCUGGUGAUGUUGUCAAUGAGUCCGAGGCUGAGCGGUUAUCAGUAUGAGGGCAAGUUACCACUGAGUGGGAUGACUGUAAGCAUAAUAGAUGAUGAGGAUUUGGAGUACAGCUUUGAAAUAUCAGGUCCCAUGAUAGAGAAAAUUAUUGUGACGUGUGGGAGUCAGACGGACGCCUCAGGGUGGGUCGAAGCCCUGGGCAAGGACCAGGCUCAGGUUACAGUGAUGAAUGGACCAAGCAGUAAAUCUCAGAAUGUCCAGGAUACUCGUGUACCGCCCAAUUCUAAUAUACCCGACAUAGAUAUGGCCAAGCAGAUAACGACUUAUGGAGAGAUCUCUACGUCCCAGCCCAGUAUUAGUUUGCUGACCCCCGCCAAGACGGCUCUAGUAACACAUUCCACCUGGACCAUGUCCUGUCUCCGCCCCUCACCACCCCUCAGGCAGCACCUGCCUUGUAAAGAGGACCUGGUCAGGAGUCCACGCAUGGGCAGGAAACCGGUCAGGCGGAAACCUGUGCGGACCCACUCUCAGGAUGAGUAUGACUAUAAAUACAAAUGGAGACAAUAUGAUCCCAGAACAAUGGAAGAGGAUGCACUAAUUCUUAAAGUAAUUGAGGCCUACUGUACCAGCGCUAAAACCAGACACACGGUUAACUCCUUGGACUUGAAAAAGCUGCGUCUGAGUGCAGACGGAACAGUGGAAGCUAUUGCUAAAGAAAAAUUUACGUUGGUGCGACCUCUCCCUAACCCUAAUCUCGGUACCAUUAAUGAAAGUGUGAAGAAAGCGGACGUUGCUGUCCAAGCCUUGCCGAAGGAGUCGGUAAACAUAGUCAAACCAUUGCAGUCGGAGGGUUCAGGCACGCCCAGUGUCAUCCGUCGAGACGUCGGUAUCCAAGCUUUCGUCACCUGUCCACAUGUCCUGAUGCCGGAGGAGGAAAAGAUCAUCAUAGACGACGGGGACCCAUCCAAUCUCCAGGAAAAAACUUUGGUGGACACAGUUUAUUCUUUGAAGGACCAAGUUCGAGCCUUAGAGCAGGAGCAUAAGAGGAUGAAGCGGGAUUUAGAGGAGGAACAGAGAGCACGGCGGCGGUUAGAGUCCAACAUCAAAAAGUCCAUGAAGAACAGCAACCUUAUAUGGGAAGAGACCCCGUCUUAAUCUUAUUGUUAAAAAUCAAACUCAUUGUGAUAAAUAUAUGUAGGAAGUUACUGUAACAAUCACUGACCACAGGAAGAUUGUUUCAGUAAUUUAGGUGAGGCAGAACUCAUGCUGGUGAUUGUGAGCUUGUGUAGACUGAGGACAAAUGCUUCACAAAUAUUUAGAAAAUAUUCCUAUAUUUAGGCUGGAAAGGAAAGAAAGCGAUGUGUGAGAGCAGUUUACAUCGUGUUGUAAGGUGAGAGGGUUGUAUGUGUUUAUAAUCAGUGCUUUUUAUACCAGUUUGUAAGAGAUUUACACCGUUUAGAAUAGUUUUGGAAUGGCUGUACAAGACUUUUAUCAAACAAGCAUGUUCAUGCAUGUAGACAUCAUCUUCUUGUUCAGUUAAUAUUAGUUUCUAAAAGUGUUCAUGUAGACAAAAAUACAAACAUUGCAAUAUGUAUAUAGGAAUUAUGUGUAUUUUUUAAAAAGAUUUGUUUAUAUUAUUUACUUUGAACAAACUUAUUUUUCAGAAGUGAUAUGUGAAACUGGUCAGUUAUUUUAAACAUUAGUGCUACAUAACUAUUGCACGUGCUUGAAUUGUGCGAUAUUUGAUUUUUAAAAAUUAUUUAUAUGUUCGCCAGCGUCACAAAGUGUAUCCUCAUAUCACAGUGAUAAUACGGUUGUUCUAUCUCGCUUGUUCAUUUCACAAAUUACAUUUCAGGUAGCAUCUAUGUUACACUGUACAAGCAUUGGCAGUAUUGCGCAAUUUAUGAUCUAUAGUUUUACAAAAGUUGUAAUGGAUAUGUUGUGUCUGAAAUUCGUGAAGCAUAAUAUAUGGAUCCCCCUAGAAGGUUGUGUGUUUCGCUGUAUGUAUUUUGGUAUCAUUGAUUCGGUGGUCUCACUUCUGUUCAAAUCUAAUGUAGCACCAAUCUCUCACGUAUUCAAUGUGCCCAAUGUGAUUAUUGAUAUCUGAGUAAAAUCAUGUGAUAGGUAUUGAUGAGAGAGGGAGAAGUUCGUGAUGAGAGAGGGAGAAGUUCGUGAUGAGUGGAAUGAAUGAUUGAGGAUGUAUUGUAACAGGAAAUCUGUUGUACAUAAAGUGCAGGGAAGGGCCCGUGGUGUGUUUGUAUACAGUUUUAUGUAUAUCAGUUUGCUGGAAUAAUUGAUUAAACAAAAUCACGUUUGUUGUGCAGGUCCAUUAUCACUGUAAAUACAUGUACAUCUUUCGAAGUCAAUAUCAGACUGUGACUGUGUAGAAGAAUUGUCUCCCUUUGUGUAGUGCACAUCACUGACAACACAAUUUUCAAUAAAUUAUUUAAAAGAUG